AUGCGAGAAGCAAAACUUCGAAAUAUCUUAGAAGCCACCAACUUUGGCACUAAAGCAAAGACAUCUGCAACUGCGGCAGCAACAGAGUCUACAAGAAAGAAAGAAGUACAGCCAGCGCCUUUAAAAUUGAGUGAGAGGACACUUGACACUUCCAAGUCGUUAGACCAAGAUGAAGAUGAGAUUGAAGGAUUACCAUCUUCCAAAGAAAGUAAACGUAGUGAACUAGCCAAAAAGGUUGAAGUUUAUUUAGAUUCGAUCCAAGAUGCUAUUUUCACUGCUACUCGAGCACUCAAUGAUGUUACUGGCUAUUCAUCUAUUGAGAAGCUUAAGAAAAAAAUAGAGUACUUGGAAGAUGAACUCAAGGUCGCUAAACAUAACGUCAAGGUGAACAAGCAAAAGUAUCAGGAUGCAAUUCAAAGCCAAACACAUUCACAGAGAGAGAUCAAUGAAUUGCUUACUAGAAAACAUGAUUGGUCUUCUGAAGACUUGGAAAGAUUCACCAUGCUCUAUCGUAAUGAUCACAAGAAUGAACAGUUGGUUAAUACCUGUGAAAAGAAACUAGAGGAAUGCGAAACUACGGUUGAUUCAGUUCAAACAAGGUUGACUCAGAUGAUCUUAACAAAAUACCAUGAAGAGCAGAUCUGGUCAGACAAGAUCCGUCGUUCAUCUACUUGGGGGACUUGGAUAUUGAUGGGAAUCAAUAUCUCCUUAUUUGUAGUAGCCACCCUAAUUGUCGAACCAUGGAAACGGAAAAGGCUUGUUGGAGCUUUCGAGGAGAAGGUGAGACAAAUGUUGCUAGUUCAUUCAGAAGCUGAAGGAUCAAGACUAGACUCCAUAAUUGCUGCUGAAAAGAAACAAAGUACCACUGAUAAAACUGAACCUGAACCUGAACCGGUUGAUUCAAUUUAUGGCUUUGAAGUAAUGCCAAAGCGAGAUUGGAAACUGAUUAUAACUCAAAUAGGUAUCAACUAUAAGGCAUUGGUGUACGGGACUUUCGAUAAGGUACAAUUCACUCGAUUUGACUUGGGGGUAUUCGUAUCUUCCAUUGCAUUCAUUGGGUAUUGUCUUGGUACGAUCAUGACGUUAAUAGUUGGUUAA